CGCCGUUCUUACCACGUCCAUCGUGUUUCUUUUGUUUACCUGCAUCAGCGACUGACGCCGGCGGUUCUUCAACUACCGUUCUUUGUGCGAUUGACUUCUUUAGACCUUCUUUCCGGUGCUCACCUUCCUCCCCGUUUCCACAAUGCUCGCCCGCACUGUCGGUCGUCGCGCGCUGACCUCCCGCGUCGCCUCCUCGCCCUCCCGCAAAUUCCUCACCACCUCUGCUGCGCCGAAGAAGCGGACAUGGAAGGGCGCCGCGGUUCGCUGGGGUUUGGCCGGAACUGGACUGUACUAUUAUAAUACGACCGAUAUCUUUGCGGAGCAAGAAGAAGCUGCCAUUAAUAGGUUAGAAGAGAGCAUCCACCAUAUCCAGCAGAGCGAGCUCCCAACCAUCGAAGCCAUCGUUGCCGAGAAGCGCGCACGCGCCGCUGCCCGCGCCGCCGAGGAUAAAGCAAAGGCCAAGGCCGCCGCAGCCGCAGAAGCCGCUGCUGCAGCUGCUGCAGCUGCACCGGCAUCAGAAGAGUCUGAGGGAAGCGCUACCCCUGCUACCGAAGGCGAGGACGAGAGCGCAGCCCCAGGCGGCUCAAUCGAAGACCUCGAAGCGGAAGCCGGCCAGGAAGGCGCCUUCAACCCCGAGACCGGCGAGAUCAACUGGGAUUGCCCCUGCCUAGGCGGCAUGGCACACGGACCCUGCGGCGAGGAGUUCCGCGAGGCGUUCAGCUGCUUCGUGCACAGCACUGAGGAGCCGAAGGGAAUGGAGUGUAUUGAGAAGUUCAAGGGAAUGCAGGAUUGUUUCCGGGCGCACCCGGAUAUGUACGGCGCGGAGCUCGAGGACGAGGAGGAGGAGCUAGAGGCUGAGAUCCGGGCGCAAGAGGCGGCUAAGGCGGAGGCACGGGAGGGUGAGGCCGCUGCUGCGGAAUCUCAGGAUGAUAAGGUCACGCCGAAGAAGGAGGCUCAGGAUGUCAAGGCGGCAGUGAAGGAGAAGGUUGAGGAGAAGACACCUGCACCAGCACACCCGGAAGCGGCCGAUGCGGUCGAGAAGGUGCUGCCGAAGACGGCAUACGAUGCGACUGAUGCUGAUGCAAAGGUGGACAAUGCCAAGGCGUAGAUUGGCAAAGGGUGAAUUGACAAGAAGGGUGUCUGGAUACCAAAAAAUAUUAGAUGGCUAGCGUCCCGAGAGCUGAUUUCAACAUGGGAACAGCGCCGGCGUAGGCAGGGAACCUGACAUAGUGCUCAGAGAAGGCUAGAUAUUGGAGUGUAUAUAUGUAUACUACUACUUUAGAUGUAAACCACCAUGUAACACGCAAAAGAAUAGAAACUCCACCU